AUGGCAUGUGCACAGCAGAGAAUCAAAGAAAUUGCCUCUGCUAAAACUAGGAACUAUUUUGCUGUUGGUUUAGCUGGAAGUAAAACUCCAGAGUGGUUCAGCUAUCAAAGCCUUGGAUGUUCAAUAACUACUUCUCUCCCUACCUGUUCCUUCAAUACCAUGUUCCUGGGUUUUGCAUUUUGUGCUGUUCUAGAAUUUGAGUUUCCUCUUGUCAUUAGCGGAAACAGUAAUUUCUACAUUACAUGUGAAAGCCGUUUAGAAAAUACUAAUGAUGACAUCCGGGAUGACCUCAGUUUUAGUGCAUCAUCACUUGAGACCAUCCCUGAAUCUGAUCAUGAGUUUCUUUGGUAUAGAUUCAAUUCCAGUGAUCUAAAUAGUUGGCUCAUACAGAACUGUUGCAUUCUCAGAAAGGCCUCGUUUGAGUUCAAAGCACAAUACCGGUUUCUUUCCAAUCAUCACCCUUCUACAGAGAAGUGGGAAGUAAAGGUAAAAAGGUGUGGAGUCCACCUGAUAUACAAUGAAAAAUGUGCAGAAUCCCAUUGCAGGUGAUAAAAACCAAUGCCAACGAGUAACAGAAACCAAUAGCAACAACAAGAGAAGCAGGGAUGACUACUGCUCCAAUCAGACCAAUAUCAUUGCAGGUGGUGGAUCAGGUUAUGCAGAAGAGGAAUCGCAGGCAAAAAGAUUGAAUGAUAUCUGCUCUGUGCGUGAUUACUCUUCCAAUGCUCAAGAUGGAACUGAUUAUGAAGCUACUUUUCUUCCUUCAAGCUCCUCUAGUGAGUCGCUCCCCACAUUCUAUCAAUUUCUUUGAAAUCCAGUCCUACUCAUCUACAGCCAGAAUUUGCAUUUACAACAUGGAAAUGGAUUCAACUAGACAUUGGUGAUUCAAACUCUGCCUGCAUCAAUCCUUUGUCGUCCAUAUCUGUUCUGGUGCUGAAGAAAGUAACCACAGGAUCCAACUUUAUUGUAAGUCGACCAUUUAUAGCAAGCAAUUGAAUUGUCCAUUAUGUCAUUAAUUAUUGUUCUGCUAUAAUCUUUUUGUGUGUGCAAGUCUUCCUUCUUCUAUAAUCUUUUGUUAGAGCACCUGAGAUAAAGCCUGACUAUCCUGAAUCCAACAAAUAAUUAUUAUGUUACCAUA